AUGCCAGCCCCGCGCGAAUGGGACGCACCGCCCCCGCGGCUAGUGGAAAAGCUGGUCGAGGGCCAGCGGCUGCGCCCCCCGUUUGCGUCGCUGGUGAGCGUGCUGCUUGCGGCGCGAGGCGAGGCGCACCCGCGGCGGACGACGCCCGCGGCGCUGGAGACCUCGCUAGCCAACGCGGUCUUUGCCGGCACGACGCCGCGAUGGGCAAAAGUCGGGCUGUCGGUGGCGGCCGAUGUCAUGUACUCGAUCCUACGCACGCUCGAGGCCGGCGAUGGCCAUCCGGCGCUCCUCCCGCCGGCUGCUCACGCUGCCGUCCUCGCCGCCGCCGACAGCUACGUCGGCCGUGGCGAGCACUGCAGCGAGCUGUACCUCACUGCCAUCGAUCGUGCAGUAGGGAGAGCCAGCAGCGACGACUAUCCUGCUGCACGGAGCGCCAAAGCUGUGGCCCGCCUGGCGCCGGUCAUCGAUGCGCUCCAUCCAGCCCGCCUCACUCUCCUCACCGCACUGCUAGUGUACGGCUCGGUGCUGGCGGCGGCGGGAACGUCGGUCCCAGAACUUGCCCGGAUUCUGGGCAAGACUGUCCACGUCCAUCCAGCUGAGGUGCUCCCGGACGACGAGAGCGCAGCGCGUGCGGUGCUCCGAGCCGACGGAAGCCGCAUUGCUCGGCUCCUUGCGCUACUCAUCGAGGACUUUAUCCCGCUGUUUGGCUACCCGGAUCUUGAUGCGCUGGGCAUAGUCAUGCCAUCACUAACCUUGAACGCUGCCGGCGCUGAUGCUGCAGACGAUGUCGACGUCGAUAGCGGUUCGUCGUACACGUACUCGUACAUGGACGUGACUGCGAGUGCAGCCGGCACGCCGCGGCCCCAGUCCGCGGCAGGCCCACCUUCCGGCGCAGACACUGAGAACGACGCUGACGAGACAUCGUUUGUCUCGUCGGCCUCGUCGUACGCACACAGCCCGGUCUCGCCAACAUCACCAGCGGCGUCGCUACCUCCAUGCGCGAUCCCACGGGUCCUGCUGACGCUUGAGGGCUGCAGCGGCUCGAGCGGGAUUCUCACGCCGCGUCGGAUUACCGCGCGGCAGAUGACCGCCACGUCGCUCACGGGCCAGGGCUCGUCGGUGUCAGUUCCCGGCUCCGGCUCUCAAUCUGGCUCCGGAUCUAGCUCUAGCCUCGAGCGGGCAAACGCGACGCAGGAUAGCCAUGCCCCACAAUCCGAGCAUAUCGUUGCGCCAGCGGCCAGUACCGGAGACUGGACAGACUUUACCUAUCCACUCGGGCCGCUUGCUUCACGUCGCCAAGCUUCGCGCGGGCGCGACCUGUCGGCCUCGCCGUCGUGGAUGGCGUCGUUCGAGGGGUGGUCGCCGCCGCCGCCACGGUUCUCGGCGCCACCGGCGGAUAGAGCGGAUGUUGGCAUGGCACGCCCGCGUGACCCGGCACCGGUCUACCACCCGGCGCCACCACCGCCACCGACGCAGUCGGAGCUUGACGCUCGAGCUGUACGCCGGUGCGAGGAGCGCCGCGCUGCGCUAGCCCGGCAGCGGGAGGCGGCGCUAGCCAGCGUCCACCUCGAUCCGCCACCGGCACCGCCGCACAUCGGAUACGCCGCACCGUGGAAUUUGCCGAUCGAGACACGUGCAUCACUUGCGGCAAAAUCCUGCUAG